AUGCCUGAGCCAGCGAAGUCCGCACCCAAGAAGGGGUCCAAGAAGGCCGUUACUAAAACCGCUGUUAAGGGCGGUAAGAAGCGCAAGAGGUCCAGGAAGGAGAGCUAUUACUAUGCUAUCUACGUCUACAAGGUCCUGAAGCAGGUUCAUCCUGACACCGGGAUUUCCUCUAAGGCCAUGGGGAUUAUGAACUCUUUCGUCAAUGAUAUUUUCGAGCGUAUCGCCGGUGAGUCCUCUCGUCUCGCUCACUACAACAAGCGCUCCACCAUCACAUCGAGAGAGAUCCAGACCGCCGUGCGUCUGCUGCUGCCCGGUGAACUCGCCAAACACGCCGUGUCUGAAGGAACAAAGGCCGUCACCAAGUACACCAGCUCCAAAUAAAUAUCUUGAAACUUUCAACACCACAAAGGCUCUUUUAAGAGCCACCCACUUUAUCAGAUAAAUGAGCAUCCAUUUCGGCUUAAAUUAUUUAAAAAAAGCUUUUCUGUUUUUAACUCAGAAUUGAACAACGGGUUUGAUUGUUCGUAUGUUUUAUUCACCUACAGCAUAAAUCGUUGACUCUAGUUUGUUAACGUUUCCAUUAUGUGCUUCAAUAAUAUAAUGGAUCUUUCAUAAUUUUUUUAGUAAUGUAAAAAGUUAAUCUCAUUAUUAUUGGGCUGACCAAAAUAAGUUGAGAAUGAUAUUGGAUAAUUGUGAUUAAUGCGUUCUUACAUUUUUGAUGUAUAUGCUGUUUUAUUGAAGUGUGAUUUUUUUUAUCGUUGUUUUUGUGUAAAAGCAACAUGUAGAGGGGGUGUCAAUGGUCAUGAAUAUUAAUGUCAGUCACACAUGAGGAGAUAAAAACCUCAACCCCCAAUGCCUCAAUGAGGAAUGUUGUGCUAAAAUAAUGAAUUUGAGGAGACUUAAAGACAAAUGUUAAUAAUAAAGUAGUGUACAAUAUAAUCUAAACAAGUAUCCAAUGUAGAUUUUUAUACACGUAAAUUUGACCCUCUGGGGUCUUUAAUGGCCCCCUUGAGAAGUUUUGACCUUGAGCUUUGAUCAGUUGCUUAAAAACCUAAUAAUGACAAAAGUAAUACAAUACUAAAGUCUCAUAACACUGUUCAGCACAAACUGAGAUACAAUAUUAUAUGAGCAGCAUGUAUGCAGAUGUUUGCAUUUUUAGAGAAAAAUGUUUAUGCAUGGUUUUUAAGUCUACAAAACCCAUAUUAAAAAUAUUCUCCCAAGACUUUUUAAAACAGGAUCUAGUAGUCUAGAAUUUUUUCUUCAAAAUGAUAUGAAAAUCACUCUGCCUAUUCAUUCACAUAAAACAAUAUAUUGAUUUACAA